GUCAAAAUAUUUUUCUCUUUCCAUAUCUUCAAACUUGCAGUGUAAUGGAUUUGCAGGCAAUGGAGGCAGUUUCUGGGCCUCUAAAUGAGGGAAUUGUCUCUAUCUGCAACAUCUGCAAGUCCCUCUUGGAUGCACAUGUAGAUCCCAACACUGGCACAUGCUCCAAUUACAAACAAAUCAGGAAACAUAUUGAGCAUGCUGAGCAGUGCCUGAAAACAUCAGAGACAAUGAUUAAAGGAGAACUGGGAUGUUUGGAUGGACGCAUGGAGCAACUUACUAAAGAAAAAAAAAAUGUUGAGCAACGGAAAAAAGAAAAACGCAUGGCCAUGGAUAAAUUACACAUCGAGAAGAAAUCUGCAGAAGAAUCAUUAAAGUAUUCUAAUGCAGCUUUGGAGCAGGCAAAAAAAAUUGUAGAUUUAAGAAAAGAUGAAAUAAAUAGAGAGACUGGUAGGAAGAACACAGGUGAAGGUGUAGCAAUUGCAGGGGCAGUAGUGACUAUAAUACCAGUUCUAGGAUGGAUUGCUGGGCCAAUAAUGAUAGCUACAGGAGCAGGUUUAUCUGUGGAUGCCUCAAAGGCUAUCCGCGAUGCUGAAGAUGAGCUAAAAAAAAAUGAGUCCCAAGUGAAUGACAACAGCAUAAAGGUGUCAAAUUACCAAUCCAGGAUCUCUACCAUACAGAAUGAGAUUAUAGAGACUGAUAAAGUGCUGAAUAAAAUUCAGAGGGAGAUUGAAGAGGUGAAGCAGCAUCUAGAGGUCACAGCUGAUUUUCAGCAUGUAGUCAGGAAAGCUGUGACCCUUCUGAGUGUUCUUAGUGGAAGAGUCACUGUAUUGGAGAAGCAAACUCAACGUUUCAUCCUCUGGGAGCCUGUGAUAAAGUGCAUGGAAGAUGUGAUGAAGGCAACAGGAAAUGUUGCAGAGAACCGGCUCCUUUAUAGGCAGGGUGUACCAGGCUUCAUAAAUGCUUUGAGGGAGAAUGUCGGAGGACUGCUAGCUUUAUGCAACUCACCCAAACAUUCUGAAUAUGACAGCUAUUACUGAUCAUCUGAA